AGAAAAUAUUGCGAAAUGGGUUUGUUCCUUUCUGGCCCAUGCUCAAAGAAUUGCAUUCGUUGUGGCCUUUACACCCAAAUAAACGGUCUCAAUUCUCAAAACAAAAGGACCUUAUCUUCUAAACCCGAAACAGCAGCAGCAAGCAGUAGCUCUAACAUGGCGUCGUUGAUGAUGGCGACGGCUCUACCAAUGACACCUCACCGCUUAUCUUCUUCCCAAUCAGAAGCUCUGGGCGUUGGCAUUUCUUUCUCCUAUUCGAUACCUUCCCUUUCUGUCUCCACCACCACCGCUUCCACUUCACCAAUCCCAUUUGUGUAUUGCGGUAGAGGCGACAAGAAGACUGCUAAAGGGAAGCGAUUUAAUCACUCUUUUGGCAACGCAAGGCCGCGAAACAAAAAUAAAGGCAGAGGCCCGCCAAGGAUUCCAGUCCCAUCUUCUCCACCUACAAAUGAUAUCUUUGAAGAUGGUGAAGUUGUCAAGAUUGACAUUGAUGAGUCCCUAAGUUAAAGUUUUCUUUAUUUGUAAUUUCUAGAAAGCUUGAAUUUGGAUUGUGUAUUUGUUGCCCUUUUUCCAAUUGCAGUCUCUUAUUUGUUUCUGUUGUUUCUGGGAAUUGAAUUGGCUUCUUCUGGAGAUGGUAAUGUAUGCAGCAACUUAUAUCUUGAAAAGGGUAACUUGAUUGCUUGA